CCCAGUGCAGUAGACGAAGACCCUUUGCGCACAAUUUGAAGAUCAUGGGCAUGGGCAUGGGCAAGGGAGGCUACUUGCUUCUUCUCCCUCUUCUGGCUCUUGCUCUGGCAUCUUGGUGGCCGCCGGUUGCCAAUGCGGCGGAGCUGCCGCCAGGGAAUAAGCCGCUGAUCCGACAGUACUACAAGAAGCUCAACACCUGCGCCAACGCGGAGGCGUUUGUUCAUCAUCAGGUGCAGUCCUUCUGGCAGAAGGAUAAGAGCCUCCCUGCCCAGCUUCUCAAGUUGGUCUACGCCGACUGCAUGGUCAACGGUUGCGACGCAUCGGUUCUCUUGGCGGGUCCAGGUACAGAGAGAACUGCGCCUCAAAAUGCAGGGCUCAAGGGAUUUGAGGUCAUCGACAAGAUCAAGAUCGUCCUCGAAGAUCGUUGUCCCGGCGUGGUCUCUUGUGCGGACAUUCUCCAUCUCGCAGCAAGAGAUGCUGUCCAUUUGGCUGGAGCACCAUCCUAUCCCGUGUAUUUGGGCAGAAGAGAUGGGUUGGAUUCAAAGGCUGGAUGGGUGAACCUCCCAUCACCGUCCAUUUCGUGGGAUUCAGCUUUGGCAUUCUUCCAAUCCAAAGGUUUGAAUGUACUCGACAUGACUACUCUCUUAGGAGCACAUUCACUAGGAAGAGCACACUGCAGAUACAUCUGGGACCGCCUGUACAACUUCAAUAAUACAGGAAAGCCAGACCCCAGCAUGAAGAAAUCCUUCCUGAUAACAAUGAGAGAGCAGUGUCCACGCCAGCUCAAGAAUGGCCAAAGUGAUCCACUCAUAUACCUAGACCCAGACUCCGGUCCCAAUUUCCAGUUCAACAAUACCUACUACUCCCGAGUACUAAGUGGUGAAUCAGUUCUUGGAGUUGAUCAGCAGCUACGCUAUGGACGUGACACCAAGGAAAUAACCCAGGAAUUUGCCGGUAAUCAGGAAAUGUUCCGCAGGGAAUUUGCCUUGGCAAUGAGCCGUAUGGGCCGUAUCCAAGUACUGACUGGUACCAGCGGAGAGAUACGCCGGGUUUGCAGUCGUAGAAACUAGUAAUAAAAGAACCUCAACAACCAACAACUAUAAGUCAAUUAAUCUAUAGCCUCUUUGAGGUAUAUUUGAUACUAUUAAGGACAAAGGUCAAUAUGAUCAUUUGUUUUUCCUUGCUAACAAUGAACCAGUUAUCUUUUGGAUAGAACAAGAGUCCAUUUCAGGAAAGAACAGAACCAAGUGGAUACAA